AUGGCACAGCUAUGCGUCCACAUGGUGGCACCAGGAGUGGUGUCUUCAGAAAAUGCCAGAGGACGAGGGGGAGGCGUGGACAAGGCUACUUUGGCGAAGCUCGAGGCAGGCUUCAAGAAACUCCAAGAUGCCAAAGACUGCAAGUCGCUGCUCAAGAAGUACCUUACCAAGGAAGUCUUCGACAAGCUCAAGACGCGCAAGACCGGCAUGGGUGCUACCCUACUUGACGUCAUACAGUCAGGCGUAGAGAACUUAGACAGCGGUGUGGGCAUAUACGCACCGGACGCCGAGUCCUACCGAGUGUUCGCCGACCUGUUCGAUCCUGUCAUCCAGGACUACCACAAAUUCAAACCCACCGAUCGCCAUCCGCCCACAAGUUUCGGAGACCUGAGCACGCUGAAGAACGUCGACCCCACGAACGACUUCGUCGUGUCCACUCGGAUUCGAUGCGCCCGUUCUCUCCAAGGCUACCCAUUCAACCCUUGCCUGACCGAGACUCAGUACCGGGAGAUGGAGAUGAAAGUAGUGUCGACACUGAACUCUCUCGACGACGAGUUGAGCGGCACCUACUACCCACUGACGGGCAUGGACAAGAAAGUGCAGCAGCAGCUCAUCGACGACCACUUCCUCUUCAAGGAAGGAGACCGCUUUCUGCAGGCAGCUAACUCCUGUCGCUUCUGGCCCACAGGACGAGGCAUCUACCACAACGACGCCAAGACCUUUCUUGUGUGGGUUAACGAAGAAGACCACCUGCGAAUCAUCUCCAUGCAGAAGGGCGGCAAUAUAAAGGAUGUAUUCUCUCGGCUUGUGAAGGCCGUUAAGACCAUCGAAAAGAAGCUGCCCUUCUCGCGGGACGAUCGCUUCGGUUACCUCACCUUCUGCCCUACCAACCUGGGCACCACCAUUCGGGCCAGUGUGCACAUCAAGAUACCCAAGCUGUCGUCCAACAUGUCCAAGCUGGAGGAGAUCGCCGCUAAAUACGAGCUGCAGAUACGAGGCACCCGCGGAGAGCACACGGCGAGCGAGGGAGGCGUCUACGACGUCUCCAACAAGCGCCGUCUUGGCCUGACCGAGUACGACGCUGUCAGGACCAUGCAGGACGGAAUCCUGGAGCUCAUCAAGCUCGAGAAAGCUGCCUAG